AUGCAAACCUCGGAUAUAUCAAGCAUCCCGAACAACUCGCGUCUAAUCCCUCCCGGGUCCAAAUACGCGCUCAACGGCGACACUGGAUUUUCCCACGGAGCAUACAACAAUAACCAUCCACACUCUCAAGGAUUCUCGGAUCGAAACGCUCGUCGCGCCAAUAUACCCGCUAUAAACACAAAUCCAGGACAACAAUCCGAUAUGGCUUCGGGUUUCGAUAUGAACUUCACCCCCCUUUUACCCUCCCAGCUGCUGGUGGGCAGUCCGUUCCAACCUGGAACUCCCUCGGCCUUCCAAUCGCCUCAGUUCGCCAAUUUCGGUAGCUUCUCUCAGGCCAAUGGCAAUGGACACGCUCAGAACAACCAGAACCACAUGCACAGCCCGACUCAAGGAAUGCAGAACCAGGGUCUAUAUGGAAUGAUGUCGCCCGACGGCAUGGGUGCUUCUCAGAUGAUGGGCCCUCAGUCGCCUAUCAAUGGUCUUGGAGGUAUGGGCAAUGCGGCUCUGGGGAGCCCGCAGGCUUCAGUGGCCCCCGGCAUGCUGUCGGGGACCAGCCGCACUGUUUACUUAGGAAACAUCCCAGCUGAAACAUCUGCUGAGGAGAUCCUUAAUCAUGUGCGUAGCGGCCAAAUUGAGUCUGUUCGCCUGCUCCCCGAUAAGAACUGCGCGUUUAUCUCCUUUUUGGACAGCAGCUCUGCCACUCAUUUCCACUCUGAUGCCAUCUUGAAGAAGCUGGCCAUCAAGGGAAAUGAUAUCAAGGUUGGCUGGGGCAAGCCUUCUCAGGUUCCGACCUCCGUCGCCCUGGCAGUCCAACAGUCGGGCGCGUCGCGUAAUGUUUACCUCGGAAAUCUGCCCGAGGAAACAUCCGAAGAUGACCUCCGGGAGGAAUUGGGCAAGUUCGGACCCAUUGACACCGUGAAGAUUGUCAAGGAGAAGGCUAUUGGAUUUGUACACUUCCUGUCCAUCAGUAAUGCGAUGAAGGCCGUCACCCAGCUCCCUCAGGAGCAGCAAUGGCAAGCGCCAAAGCGGGUGUUCUACGGCAAGGACCGUUGUGCAUAUGUGUCCAAGACUCAGCAGCAAAAUGCUGCUCAGUUCUUGGGAAUCGCCCCAGGAUACGCGCACGUGCUCAACACGGCGGAUCGUGACUUGAUUUCCAAUGCGCUUGCGCAACAGUCUGUGGCUGCGGCCGCCGUGGCCACGACAGCGGGCGGUGUCAACAACCUUGGCAACCGAACUAUCUACCUUGGAAACAUUCACCCUGAAACCACCAUUGAAGAGAUCUGCAAUGUUGUGCGUGGAGGCCUGUUGCACCACGUCCGGUAUAUUCCUGACAAGCACAUUUGCUUCGUUACAUUCAUCGAUCCUACCUCGGCUGCCUCAUUCUAUGCCUUGAGCAACCUUCAGGGUCUGAUGAUCCACAAUCGACGACUCAAGAUUGGCUGGGGCAAGCACUCAGGCCCUCUCCCGCCAGCCAUUGCGCUGGCAGUCAGCGGAGGCGCGUCGCGUAACGUGUAUAUCGGUAACUUGGACGAGGCCUGGACGGAGGAACGCCUCCGCCAGGACUUCUCGGAGUAUGGUGAGAUCGAGUUGGUGAACACCCUGCGCGAGAAGAGCUGUGCGUUUGUCAACUUCACCAACAUCGCCAAUGCCAUCAAGGCCAUCGAGGGUAUGCGCAACCGUGAGGACUACCGCCGGUUCAAGAUCAAUUUUGGUAAAGACCGCUGUGGAAACCCUCCCCGUCAGGCUGGAAACAACCAGAAUGGCCAGGGCCGCAAUGGAUCCGGCAUGGAAGGCCCUCAGUCUCCUACCCCCCGCUCUCAACGGAUUUCAGCAGAACCUCAGCCAGUCCGGCUCCCAGUCCAGUCCGACUCGUCCCGCUCUCUCCCCAGCACCCGGAUCCACUGGCUCUCAGAAUGGACAGCAGCGCCACCCUCUGCAGACAGUCUCCUCACCCUCUGGCGUCCUCAACGUCGGAUCUAG